GACCUGAGCCCCUGGAGGUGCCCCCGAGCCCCGGAGUCCUGGUGAGCCUCCGCCCCUCCCCGCCCCUCCCUCCCCCACCCCCGUGGCCCCCCUCUCCGGUGGUCCCGUCCACCGAGGAUUACGGGGGCUACGGCUUCCAACUGGGAUUCCUGGAGGCGGGAACGGCCAAAUCCGUCACCUGCACCUACUCCCGGGAGCUGAACAAGCUGUUCUGCCGCCUGGCCAAGCCGUGCCCGGUGCAGGUCCGGGUGGGGGUCCCGCCGCCCCCCGGGAGCCUCCUCAGGGCCGUGGCCGUUUACAAGAAAUCCGAGCACGUGGCCGAGGUGGUGCGGAGGUGCCCCCACCACGAGCGCUGCGGGGGCUCUGGGGACGGCAACGCCCCCGCCCAGCACCUGAUCCGGGUGGAGGGGAACCCCCAGGCCCGGUACCAGGACGAUGAGACCACCAAGAGACACAGCGUGGCCGUGCCCUACGAGCCCCCUGAGGUGGGCUCGGACUGCACCACGAUCCUCUACAACUUCAUGUGCAACAGCUCCUGCAUGGGGGGCAUGAACAGGAGACCCAUCCUCGCCAUCCUCACCCUUGAGGGGCCGGGGGGGCAGCUGCUGGGCCGGCGCUGUUUCGAGGUCCGGGUCUGCGCCUGCCCCGGGCGCGACCGACGCAUCGAGGAGGAAAAUCAGCGCAAGAGGGGCGGGGCCGGGGGCGGGGCCAAGAGAGGUGAGGGGCGGGGCCCACCACGAGGGGCGGGGUCUAAACGGGAGGGCGUGGCCAAGAGAGGUGAGGUGGAGCCAGACAUGGGCCCCGAGAGCUCCAAGAAGAGGGUCCUGAACCCCGACAAUGAGAUCUUCUACCUGCAGAUCCGGGGUCGUCAGCGCUUCGAGAUGUUCAAAAUGAUCAACGAGGCCCUGGAGGCCAAGGAUGGGGAGGGGCAGCCCCCAGGCCGUGAAGUUCAACCCCCACUGGGAUCAAGGGCGUCGCCCGCGGAGGAGGGGCAGGUGCCCCGUGGGAAGAACUGCUGCUCAAAGGGAACAGGGGACUCCGACUGA